GUCCUCGUAGCAUUCGGAUCGACGCAUGCGUUCUCAUGCUCUAAUCUCCCAGCUUGUGCCACAAACUGUCUUGCGAGCGCAGACAUGGGCGACUGUCAGGAGGGAGACGACACUUGCCUCUGCAACAACCAGGCCUUCAUCAACAGCACCACCUCCUGCAUCCAGUCCACAUGCACUGGUCAGGACCUUCAGACGGCCGAGUAUGACGCCCAGCAGCUCUGCCUCGCU